AUCUAGCUGGCGUGGGGUCUAAUAAAGAAAUUGGGAGUGCAACUCGAAAAACAAUGGAAAAAAUGACACGAGAUUCUAAUCGCUAGCCCUUAAUCAAAACCCUACUCAACGAAGCUCAACAGCUCCAGCAAAACGAACCUCAAUUCGCCGGGAAACGCCGCCGGAUUUCGUCGUUGGCCGCCUCAAUCGAGAAACAACUAAUGGUUACUGAAAAUAACUCCAACCGGGUCGGGUUGAUCCUAUCCAGUACCAAUUCCAUUCGAGUUUUCCUUUCCGGAGCCUCCAACGAUCCCACUCUCUCCUCUCAACUCCGGCAAACUUCCUCCGAACUCCUCAUCCAAUCCGAAAUACCGUACGAGCCACUUCGUGCUGUCUGGAUCUCCUCUGAUCCAUCCACCAGACCCGAAUUGAUCAGACUCUUAUCCGGGUCCGGCUUCGUCUUCUCAAGCCCUAAGCCCAGAGAAAAGAGUGAAGAAUUGAAAGCAAGGUUAAAAAAGUUGGAAGAUUUAGCUGAGAGGAAAGCAUAUAAGGAGCUUGUUAAGGAUAUUGCACCAAAGGAAGAUGUUCAAGAACCUUUCUCCUCUUACAAGGAUCAAUUAGGAUUCGGUUUGCAUGUUAUUGUUACAAUGUUUACUGGCUAUCUUGUUGGAUUUGCAGCAUUUAGAGCUCUGUUUGAUCACAGUCCUGCCAUGAAUGCUGCUGGAGGAAUUCUUGGGUUGGUGGGUGCCAUGCUUGUUGAGACGUUUCUUUUCAUUAUUAGAAGUUCCAAUCCAGAUGGCAACAAAACGAGAAAGCCCAAUCAAAAAUCGAGAUCAUCCUUUUCCACAUCCAGUCUCAAGAAAAACCUGUAGACAUGAUCAAGAUGGUUUGUGUUUUAAGUUAUGCAUAUAGUACACCAAUAAUACAAAAUUAUAUAGUGUAGUCCAUUGUAACUGUAAACACUUCUCUCAGUAAUAGAUAACUUAGAAGUGACCGUUGCAUGAUUUAUCAUUGAGGGCCUUCCUUGAAGGGCGUGAGUAUUGUAUCUGAAAAAUGGCAUCUAAGGUAUUUUAUGCUUUGAUCUCAACCUGACAUGACUUGAAGAAUACCAUGCUAUCUCUCCAUGCAUCACACUGAAUAAACUAGUAUCAAUUCUUUCUGAA